CGCACGGCGUGGUGUAGCGGCAAGACGUCGUCGGAGGAAGGCUGAAAAAGCCCUAGGUGCUGCCGUUGCUAGUAGAAGUCGGACUUGUCUCCGGAGCUGCGCGUCACCACAGGUCUCGGACGGAACGGAGCUUGCUCCCGCGGUCGCGGAGCCUGCCCCGUGCUCGCCCCUACCGACGUCGCAGUGAUGGAGCCGGCCACCGUGCUGCCCCCAGGCCCGCGUCCGGCGCUACCCCUCGGGGGCCCGGGCCCGCUGGGCGAGUUCCUGCCUCCCCCCGAGUGUCCGGUCUUCGAGCCCAGCUGGGAAGAGUUCGCCGACCCCUUCGCUUUCAUCCACAAGAUCCGGCCCAUAGCCGAGCAGACUGGGAUCUGUAAGGUGCGGCCGCCGCCGGAUUGGCAGCCACCAUUUGCUUGUGACGUUGAUAAACUUCAUUUUACGCCACGUAUCCAGAGGCUAAAUGAACUGGAGGCCCAAACACGUGUAAAAUUGAAUUUCCUGGACCAGAUUGCAAAGUAUUGGGAACUACAGGGAAGUACUUUAAAGAUUCCACAUGUGGAGAGGAAGAUCUUAGACCUGUUCCAGCUUAAUAAGUUAGUCGCAGAAGAAGGUGGGUUUGCAGUUGUUUGCAAGGAUAGAAAAUGGACCAAAAUUGCCACCAAGAUGGGUUUUGCUCCUGGUAAAGCUGUGGGUUCACACAUCAGGGGGCAUUAUGAGCGAAUCCUCCAUCCGUACAACUUAUUCCUGUCUGGAGACAGUUUGAGGUGUCUUCAGAAGCCUAACCUGACGUCAGAUACAAAGGACAAGGAGUACAAACCCCAUGACAUUCCCCAGAGGCAGUCUGUACAGCCCUCAGAAACCUGUCCUCCAGCCCGCCGAGCAAAGCGCAUGAGAGCAGAGGCUAUGAAUAUUAAAAUAGAACCCGAAGAGGCAACAGAAGCUAGGACUCAUAAUCUGAGACGCCGAAUGGGUUGUCCAACUCUAAAAUGUGAAAAUGAGAAAGAAAUGAAAAGUAAUGUCAAGCAAGAACCCACUGAGAAGAAAGACUGCGUGUUAGAAAGUGAGAAGGAAAAGCCCAAGAGUCGGUCUAAAAAAGCCACCAAUGCUGUGGACCUGUAUGUAUGCCUCUUAUGUGGCAGCGGCAAUGAUGAGGAUCGGCUCCUCCUGUGUGACGGCUGUGAUGACAGUUAUCAUACCUUCUGCUUGAUUCCCCCUCUCCAUGAUGUUCCUAAGGGAGACUGGAGGUGUCCUAAGUGUUUGGCUCAGGAAUGUAGCAAGCCACAAGAAGCAUUUGGCUUUGAACAAGCAGCAAGGGAUUAUACUCUCCGUACAUUUGGGGAAAUGGCAGAUUCAUUUAAAUCUGAUUACUUCAACAUGCCAGUCCACAUGGUUCCUACAGAGCUGGUGGAGAAGGAGUUUUGGCGACUGGUAAGCACUAUUGAAGAAGAUGUCACUGUGGAGUAUGGAGCUGAUAUCGCUUCAAAGGAGUUUGGCAGUGGCUUUCCUGUACGAGAUGGGAAAAUCAAGGUUUCUCCUGAGGAAGAGGAGUAUCUUGAUAGUGGCUGGAAUUUGAACAAUAUGCCAGUGAUGGAGCAGUCUGUCCUUGCUCAUAUUACUGCAGAUAUAUGUGGCAUGAAACUCCCUUGGUUGUAUGUGGGCAUGUGCUUUUCUUCCUUCUGUUGGCAUAUUGAAGACCACUGGAGCUAUUCAAUCAACUACCUUCACUGGGGUGAGCCAAAAACCUGGUAUGGAGUUCCAGGAUAUGCUGCAGAGCAGCUAGAAAAUGUAAUGAAGAAACUAGCUCCAGAGCUCUUUGUGUCCCAGCCAGAUCUCCUCCACCAGCUGGUGACCAUCAUGAACCCCAAUACUCUGAUGACUCAUGAAGUGCCUGUUUAUCGAACAAAUCAAUGUGCUGGGGAGUUUGUGAUCACAUUUCCAAGAGCCUAUCACAGUGGUUUCAACCAAGGUUUUAAUUUUGCCGAGGCUGUUAACUUCUGCACUGUUGAUUGGCUACCAUUGGGCCGACAGUGUGUGGAGCAUUACCGCUUGCUACACCGUUAUUGUGUCUUUUCCCACGAUGAGAUGAUAUGCAAAAUGGCUUCCAAAGCUGAUGUACUAGAUGUUGUAGUCGCAUCAACUGUUCAGAAAGACAUGGCUAUUAUGAUUGAGGAUGAAAAAGCUUUAAGGGAAACUGUGCGUAAAUUGGGAGUAAUUGACUCAGAAAGAAUGGAUUUUGAACUGUUGCCAGACGAUGAGCGUCAGUGUUUACAAUGCAAGACAACAUGCUUCAUGUCUGCCAUCUCCUGCUCUUGUAAACCUGGCCUGCUUGUUUGCUUACAUCACGUGAAACAAUUGUGUUCCUGCCCCCCUUAUAAGUAUAACCUGCGGUAUAGAUACACUCUGGAUGACCUCUAUCCCAUGAUGAAUGCAUUGAAGCUUCGAGCAGAGUCUUACAAUGAAUGGUCCUUAAAUGUGAAUGAAGCUUUGGAAGCAAAGAUCAAUAAGAAGAAAAGUCUGGUCAAUUUCAAAGCUUUAAUUGAAGAAUCAGAAAUGAAGAAGUUCCCAGACAACGAUCUUCUGCGUCACCUGCGCUUAGUCACACAGGAUGCAGAAAAGUGUGCCUCUGUUGCCCAGCAGUUGCUUAAUGGCAAAAGACAGACAAGGUACCGAUCUGGUGGAGGAAAGUCUCAGAAUCAGUUGACAGUGAAUGAACUCCGACAAUUUGUGACUCAGUUGUAUGCUCUUCCCUGUGUCCUUAGUCAAACACCAUUGCUAAAGGAUCUCUUGAAUCGGGUAGAAGAUUUCCAACAACAUAGCCAGAAACUACUGUCUGAGGAAAUGCCUAGUGCUGCUGAGCUACAGGACUUACUGGAUGUCAGCUUUGAAUUCGAUGUUGAACUUCCACAACUCGCUGAGAUUCGUAUUCGCUUAGAACAGGCCCGUUGGCUAGAAGAGGUGCAACAGGCUUGCCUAGACUCCAGUUCCCUUUCUUUGGAUGAUAUGAGACGACUCAUAGACUUAGGGGUGGGGCUGGCUCCAUAUGCAGCAGUGGAGAAAGCUAUGGCCCACCUGCAAGAACUGCUUACAGUUUCAGAGCACUGGGACGACAAAGCUAAAAGUCUUCUUAGAGCAAGACCACGGCAUUCUUUGAGUAGCCUUGCUACAGCAGUAAAGGAGAUUGAGGAGAUCCCUGCCUAUCUGCCCAAUGGUGCAGUCUUAAAAGAUUCAGUGCAGAGAGCCAGAGACUGGCUUCAAGAUGUAGAUGCAUUGCAGGCAGGAGGACGUGUGCCAGUGUUAGAAACACUCAUCGAACUUGUUGCAAGAGGCCGAUCUAUCCCAGUACAUCUGAAUUCUUUACCAAGAUUGGAGUUACUAGUAGCCGAGGUUCAGGCUUGGAAAGAAUGUGCUUCUAAAACAUUCUUAACUGAGAAUUCUCCAUAUUCUUUGUUAGAGGUGCUUUGUCCUCGUUGUGAUAUUGGCCUUUUGGGGUUGAAAAGGAAACAGAGAAAAUUGAAGGAGCCUUUACCAACCGGGAAGAAGAAAAGCACCAAAUUAGAGAGUCUGAGUGACCUGGAGAGGGCCUUAACUGAAAGCAAAGAGACUGCUUCAGCUAUGGCAACUCUUGGGGAAGCUCGCCUAAGAGAGAUGGAAGCUUUGCAAUCUCUCAGAUUUGCCAAUGAAGGGAAAUUGCUGUCACCUGUCCAAGAUGUAGAGAUGAAAGUCUGCCUGUGUCAGAAGACUCCAGCUACUCCCAUGAUCCAGUGUGAACUCUGCCGCGAUGCUUUCCACACUAGUUGUGUGGCAGUACCUAAUAUUUCACAAAGCCCCCGAAUCUGGCUUUGUCCUCAUUGUCGGAGGUCAGAGAAGCCUCCAUUAGAGAAAAUUCUGCCCCUGCUGGCCUCCCUGCAGCGUAUUCGAGUUCGUCUUCCUGAGGGGGAUGCACUGCGCUACAUGAUUGAAAGAACCGUGAACUGGCAACAUAGAGCCCAGCAACUGCUUUCUUCAGGGAAUCUAAAACUUGUGCAAGACCAAGUGGGCUCUGGACUGUUGUUUAGCAGAUGGCAGGCCUCAGCAGGACAGGCACCAGAGACAAACAAGGUGUCUCAACCUCCUGGUACAGCAUCCUUUUCCUUGCCCGAUGACUGGGACAACAGAAGCUCAUAUUUACAUUCUCCCUUCUCUGCUGGACAGAGUUGUGUCCCCCUCCAUGGUGUGAGUCCAGAAGUGAAUGAAUUAUUGAUGGAAGCCCAGUUGCUCCAGGUAUCCCUUCCUGAAAUUCAGGAGCUUUAUCAGACUUUACUUACAAAGUCAAGCUCUGCUCAACAAACAGACCGAAGCUCACCAGUUAGAGCCAGUAGUGACAAGAAUGAUUGCCUUCGAGGAAAGCGAGAUGGAAUCAACAUUCUGGAGAGAAAACUGAAGAGGCGCCCCGAAAGAGAAGGCCUUCCCAGUGAACGGUGGGAUCGGAUUAAAAAAAUGCGGACACCCCAAAAGAAGAAAAUAAAAUUGAGUCACCCCAAGGACAUGAACAAUUUCAGAUUAGAAAGAGAGCGUAGCUAUGACUUAGUCCGUAAUGCUGAAACGCAUUCCCUGCCCUCAGACACAUCCUACUCGGAGCAGGAGGACUCUGAGGAUGAAGAUGCCGUCUGUCCCGCUCUGAACUGCCUGCAGCCAGAAGGCGAUGAGGUGGACUGGGUCCAGUGUGAUGGCAGCUGCAAUCAGUGGUUUCAUCAGGUCUGUGUUGGUGUCUCUCCAGAGAUGGCAGAGAAGGAAGACUACAUCUGUGUGCGCUGCACUGCAAAGGACGCACCAAGCCGAAAGUAAAAACAAAACAUACUUCAUAUAAUUCAGGACUCCAACAAAGAAGAUUUCCUCAAUCUCAGCAAAGCUACAGGACUGGGGUCAAGCCAGCCUGUACACGGUGCUAUUUCUAUUCCUUGCGGGAUCAUUUUUUCCAGAACUCUUUGAAAAAAAGAAAAAAACAACUAAAAAAAUUUUUGACACUUUUUGUAUUUUUUUCCUUAAGAGCUGUUUGUGGUUGUCGAAUUAAACUGCUGACUGUUUUUGCAGGGGUUGCCGAUUUCGAAGGUGUUGGAGUUUGCACCUUUUGUGUACAGCAUUAACAUUAUACUUUUGCCUGGGAUAUACCGGCUUAAGAGUUCAACUCAGUUUCAGGGCCCAGCAUGGGCACCAGAAUUCCAGUAACCCUCACUGAGCGACUGUUCUCCUUACUCUGUUACCACAUUGGGGGCUUUUUAAGUUUUUCACUUUGGGGUUUUUGUUCUUUUCUUUCUCUACUUCUUUUUCUUUCUGGUAGGUUAGGUUUAUUUAUCUGAGCAAUAACUUCUAUGUUGGUUUCAGUGGCUGGAAUUAAAACAAAACAAACUUCUCAAAAGUGUGUUGGUGCUUUAGCAUUUGGUUAAUGUACAGAACGCAAUGUCUAGUUUCUAGUGUCACUGAUGACCUAGUGAUGUAGAAAGAGACUGCGCUGUAAGUAAUCGCCACGGCUGUAUUCUGGCUUUGUCCCUGCCCAUUCUUCCUCCCCUAUUUUUUUUUUUUUUUUUAGAUUGUAUCAAAUGUUGCAGUUUAUAUUGUGGAAUAAUAAAUCCUUGGUCCUAUUGUAACACUAGACUGCAGCUUCUUCUGCCCCUCUACCUUGUGGUCCUACGGAACCAGAAGGGGUUGCUUGCUUGUGCUUCUCCCCAGGCAGGCUACAAUAGGAGUGUGUUUUCCUUCAAACUUGCAGAGACUGUCUUUGUAGCCUGAUUCUUUAGGUAAGCACUUGCCUUCAUGCUCCACUAAUAAAGAACCUCUGUCUUUAAAGACCAGAGCCAGUCCUUCAAGCCAUGCUUUUUAUAAAUAAGGUUUCAGAAUGUUGGAGUUGUUCCCACAUCAGUCCAGACUUGAAAUAAGUCCUUAUGAAAUGUUUUUUAUCAUUUGACUUGUCAGGGAAAUUUGGUCGAGAGUUAAGAUCCUGGGAUUCAUCAUCUUAGUUGGUUUUAUUGUAUCAGUUGAAGGGAAACUUGGGACUACCAGUCCUGCCUGCCUGGGCUUCCUCUCCCAAUACUGUAGUUCCGUCCAUCUUCACUGGCUGCAGGCAGCCAUGCCCAUAGUGGUAUUCCUUCAUUCUGCAGAGGGACAGGGUUCCUGGUGAGCAGAACAGCAGGCUCGUGCUCACUUCUCCUGAGUUGUCGCAGACACUUGCUUUCCUCACUGUUGAUAGCCAUAAGCCUGAUGGUGGGUAAAGCUAGUAGAUCUUUAUAAAACAUCAAGAAAGUUUGUGAUGGAGCAGAGGAUCUCCUUUAUGCAAUCCAGACGAUUUAAUCUGUUUAAGAAUAAUUCCUAGUGGUCUGCAGUGUCCUGCAGUUGGUUGCUGUGGCGUCUCUUGUCCGGGAUGAACUUAAGCUUUGAAGGGGACACUAUGGAGGCCAGGGGUACAGCUCGGUGGUAGAGCGCUUGCCUAGUAUAAGCAAGACCCCUGAUCUCAUAUCCUGCACUACCAAUAAAGAACUGUUGUUAAAACAAAUCUGCCUUAAUGGCCUUUCAGCCUCCUCCCUCCAGGUCUUAACAGUUGUUUGGUUUGCUCAUUGGAGGUAAGAGUCAUGUGACCCAGGCUAGUUAUGUAAUUAAGGAUCACAUUGAAAUUACUGUUGUCAGGCCUCUACCCCUGAAUUCUGGGGUUGUAGGUGUGCACCACUAUGCCUAGUUUAUGUGAUGCCAGGGAUCAAACUGAGGGCCUUGUGCAUGCCAGGCAAUCACUCAGCCACACGAGCUCUCUCUGCAUCCCUCACCAGCUUUUCAUGUGGACCUUGUGCAGUCUCUGAGAGAGCUACUACUUCAUUGAUGGGAGAUUUGAACAGUCUCCUCCCACAGUAGGAAUCAUGUUUUUUUUCUCUCUUUUUUUUUUAAUGUGUCAAAUCGAUACCAUAACAGAAGUGUCAACUGCACAAAAUCAUGGUCAAUACUGGAAUUCUACUUGAAAAUUUUUUAAUUUUUUGGGUUGUUUUUUGGUAUUAAAAUUUUUGUUGUGUUUUUUUGUCAAUACUAAAUUUCAAGUUAUAUUUAGGUGAUCACUCGUACUAUGAGUCAAAAUCAAAUGACAACUAGGAUUUCUUCAGGUGUAUUUAUUUAUGCUACCUUGUACAGUAUCUAACACUGCAGAUGUUAGAGCCAUUCAGCUUCCAACUUAGGCCAUCUGUUGUCCUGACUACAAACUAAAGCUUUAUUAAAAAAUACAUUUCAUUAUGUGUUAGCUUUUGAAGCUUGCUGAUACCUUAGCAGGGGUUCUCAACCUGUGGGUCAAGACCCCUUUGGCAACUCUAUCUCCAAAAGUGUUUACAUUACAGUUUUAAGUAGUAAAGAAAGUAAAUUUUUUUGACUGGGGGUCACUACAGCAUGAGGGCCACAGCACUAGGAAGGGUGAAAAACCACUGCUUUAGAGGAACAUUGGAUAUAAGAUUAAAAUGGCAGCUGACGCAUGAGUUUCCAUCUGAGUGGCCCUGCAGUCCUUGGACUUAGAGAAGAGGACUGGAGUUAAAGCCUUAGUCAGGAGAGGGGCAAAUAGCGAGAUUGGAGAACUCUACGGCAAAGGCUGGGACAGAACACUCCACGUCACUUGAGUGACUGUUACCGGAAGGCCUCUUGUGGAGCAUAAAGAGCCUGUUUUCUAUAAAGCUGUAGCUAGAGAAAGCAUAAUUUGACCUCGCUGUCAAGAGGCUCACCUGGGGCUUGGGAGAGUGAAGUGCCACUUCAGUGGUGGACACUAAUACAAACCUGCUUCAUUCUGUCAGAGAGGAGAAAGAGAUCUGAUCUGAUUUGGUAGAAGUGGCGAAGAUGCUCCUACUUUGCCCACCAUUAAAAGCAGCGUUGUAAACUGGUGUAGUGGCACACACUUGUAAUCUCAGCACCUAGGAUGCCGAGUCAGGAGGAUUGUGAGUUUGAAGCCAUCCUGGGUUAGUAAGACUGCCUCCAGAAGCCAAAGCAGUGAGGCAUGGCUUUGGGUGUUGUGUAAUCAAUUAGCUGGAGGACAGUAGGUGCUUCCUUGGCGAUGGUUGAAGUUGGGCUUCUCUCAGCAGGGCUUCUGCAACAAGCACUGUGAACCAUCCUCAGCCCUGCGGCCUUUGUUGUGGAUUUCUACACGUCCCUCUUCCCACUUCCAUCUGGACGGAUAGUUGGUAGUUCUGUAAGACUUGCUUAUGUCUUGGAGCAGGCAUGAUGAGAUUUAGCGCCUAUGGUUGUUUUUUUGGGCCCAGUUGUGCCUGGGGUGUUCCAUAUAACUGGAAUAGAUUCCUAUAUACUCAUAACAGGAGGUGAAUCGGACAGCAGGCAUUUGAAAUGAUCAGUAAGCUUUAAGACAUAGCUGGUCAUUCAGUAACAAACUGACAUAUAUUAGUCUGUGUGCUACCAUCAGCCUAUAUUAAAACGUUCUGUUGAGCUGGGGAUGAAGCUCUGAAAACACUAGCCUAGCACGCACAAGUGAGGCCCGGGUUUCCUCUUGCCAUGAUGCUGCAGAAAUCCUGACUCGGGAAUACUGCUUAUGAAGAACUUUUGAAGAGCCGUGAAGACGCUGUACCUGUGAGCUCCAUUUGGAGUGCCCUUCCUCAACAGUGACUGAAGAGUUUAUGGCUUCUCCCUUGGUCCUUUGCAUGUGGCUCAAGUCUCUCAUCUGCCUGAGAGGCUUCAUAUGUAACUUGUAAAGAAAAUGCUGCUAAAAAGUUCUAAACAAAAAUGGUAUAAAGCAAUAUUGUUAUAAAUCUAUUUUCCAGGCAUAAUCAAUUUGUAAGGUAUAUUUCACUCUGCAGACCUAUGUAAACAAAAUUCAUGUAUAAGUAUUACAUAAAAAUGUUUCUGUACGUUUUAA